AUGUCGCUGACACCGGCCGGGACGUGGGCUCCGAAUCCCACGACAGUGCGUGCGUGCAGCGUCAAGCUCAGUGCACAGGGUGAUCGAAUCGUGUAUGCUCAUGGUCGUACGGUCGUGAUUCGUGACAUGAAGGAUCCCCGAGCCACGGUCGUGUAUGCUCAGCAUGCGCAGCCCGUGACGGUGGCGCGUUUGAGUCCGAGUGGCUAUUAUGUGGCGAGCGCCGAUGUCACGGGCAAGGUGCGUGUGUGGGACGUAGCUGGCACGGAGCAGAUGCUCAAGCUUGAAGUGGCUGCGCUAGGUGGACGUGUGCACGAUCUACAGUGGGAUGGCGAGAGCAAGCGGAUUCUCGUGGCGGGCGAGGGCCGCGAAAAGUAUACCCAUACGUUUCUGGUGGAUACAGGCUCGAGUGUGGGCGAGCUGAAUGGACACAGCAAGCCUGUGAAUGCCGUCGCGGUGCGUGCACAGCGGCCGUUCCGGGCCGCGACAGGUGCGGACGACGCCCAUGUUCUGUUCUAUACGGGCGUGCCUUUCAAGUACGCGCGCACUCUGUCGCACCAUACGCGUUUUGUGCAUGAUGUAGCGUAUGCGCCGGAUGGCGCGACGUUUGUGUCCGCGGGUGCCGAUGGCCGGCUGUGUGUGUACGAUGGUGUGAGUGGUGAUCUGCACGGCACGAUCGAGGCGCAUCAAGGCACCAUUUUCGCGGUCUCUUUUGCGCCUGACUCGAAGCACCUAGCUUCUGCGGGAGCCGAUGGGGCCGUGCGUGUGUGGGAUGUGGCGGCCCGCACGCUCGUGUGCGAAUGGCGCUCAGAUGCGCAGGACCGCGUCCUGGCGCAGCAGGUCGGUCUUGUGUGGACAGCAGGGGCGAUUGUAUCGCUGAGCUUCCAUGGGAUGCUGACCGUGCUCGAUCCGGGUGCGCUGCGUGUCCGCGACACGCUCGUGGGCCCCACGAUGGGUCUUGUGGACGUGGCUGUGAGCGGCGGAAAGAUCGCCGCAGCCUGUGUCGACGGCCGCGUCUACUUGUAUGACGAGUGUGUUGAUCGUUGCCCUCGCGAGGCAGCAUGGCCGAGUCCGGUCCGGAUGGGCUCGACGUCUUCCGCAUGGGUCGUGGCGUCGUUGGACAAUGCGCUGCGUGUGAUCCGGCACGAUGGAAGCGUGACGAAGCACGACGUAAGUGGCCACAUUCGCAGCUUGCAAGUAUGCGACAGGGCCUCGUUUGUGCUGACUGACACGGGCAUGGACGUCGUAUCCCACGAUGGCGAGUGCGUAUCGCACCGAGCUACGUGGCCCGACGAUGCUACAUGCCUCGCCUCGCAGGCGUCGCUCGUGGCGAUCGGUGCGCAAGACGCCAAAGUGUAUCUCUUCCGCUACGACGGUGCCCUGCAUCCUCUCGGCGAGCUGAGCCACGGACGGAGCGCCAUCACAGCGAUGGCCUUCUCACCAGACGCCUCGCUCCUGGCCGUCGGCGAGAGCAGCGGCAAGAUCCUCGUGUACGAUGUCGAGGCACAGACACUCAAGCUUUCGCAGUGGGUAUUCCAUACGGCGCGUAUCGACUCGAUUCAGUGGUCGCCGGACGGCGCGCAUGCGCUCAGCGCGUCCCUCGAUACGAACAUCUAUGUAUGGUCCGUGGAGCGGCCGAUGCAAAAGGCUGUGCUCAAGAACGCCCAUGCCGGCGGUGUGAAGGCAGCCGUCUGGCUCGACGCCCACACCAUCGUCUCGGCGGGCGCCGACGGCGUCGUUCGCUGGGUGCGCCGCGUCUGUAGCCCAUAG